GUCCCUCUCUGUCUUUUCCUUUCCCUCUGGGGUUCAGUCUCCCUCUCUUUCUCUCUCCCACUCCUUCUCCCUCUCUCUCUCUCUCUCUCUCUCUCUCUCUCUCUUGUGUGGUCUCGGCUGGUGUCUGCAACCAGAACAAAUCUCCCCCAGCCAACACCCCCUGAACAAGGAGGCCAGAGCAGCUAAUGGGAAACAUGUGAUUCUGCCUUGCGCCUGGAGCACCGUGAAGGGAGCCUUAGUCCCAGCUCAGCCCCCCUGCCCCCCCUCCUGCAUUCCCCCCACCACACUGCCCCCCUCCCAGCAUCUCCCCCAGCCUGUGCGGGCACAGUUGCAAGAUCCCCAGUUAUUCCCAUUUCAGGGGGUGUGGGGGGAGCUGGCAUUUAUCAGUUGGGGAGUAUCAGGUUGUGGAGGGGCUGGGAGCAGCUUUGCUCCUUAGGUCCCUCUAGCCUGCAGGGCCAGGCAGACCCCAUGCAGACUUCUUACCACCCCCCCCCCCAACCACCACCACCAUAUAUAGAAGAACAGGGCCAAGAUGAGCUGAGCUGUGGGGGCCUGGAUGGGGGACAGCCAGUCCACCCCCACUGGAGGGCUCUGGGGCCACCCAGAUUUCCAUCUUUUCCGCCCUCCUGGGCCUCUGGAGAGCUGCAGAGGUGGGGGCUCCCAGAGGGCUUGGGAGCUGCCGGGCUGCAUUUCUGUGCCCACCCAACCACGGGGAAAGGGGGGAUGGACCAGAGGAGGGAGGCUCUGGCAGGUUGGAAUUCUCCUUCUCUGCCUGUGGAUAAAUUGUCCCUAAUCCAGGCUUGGGGAGUUGUCUGGCUCCUACAGAGAGAGAGAGAGAGAGAGAGAAAGAGAGAGAGAGAGAGAAGGCAGGAGAUAGGAGGGAGGAGGGAAGCAGGCACACAAACACAGUGACACAGACACACACUGUUUCACAAAGGGUCUCACAUGCAAUGCACAUGCACACAGACACGCACCGAGGAGUUACACAAAGGUACUGCACAAACACUGAGGCACUAUUGUGCUGACAGGCACACCAUGGCACACAGACCUUCACACACAUGUUGACACUGACACAUAGCUAUUUUGGCACACACAUACAGUGAUAGGGCACAAGGACCCACUGACACACACACAGGCACCCAAUGAUGUGGUUACACAACACACAUGAGUGGACACACGCACCAGCGCAUACUGACCCACAGUAAAACAGACCCACGGGGACACCGUGACCAGACACACUGUCACACCAUGACCCUGAAAGCCCAGAAAAAGGCAGAGGUAGAAGGGAGGUAACACUGAUCCACAGUGACACCAGUGCCUGCAGUCACAGGCCUCGAGAUUGGAAACCUGCAGGGACAGCAGAAGAUCAGCCAAGCGCACCCCCCCACACACACACACAAACAUCCAGAGAGCUCUGAGACACCCCCCGCCCCCCACACACACAUCCAGAGAGCUCUGAGACAGGCAGAAGCCAGUUCAGCUCCUGACACAGCGCGAUGCAGAGAGGCAGGCAGAGCAUGUGCACACACACAGGCACACUCAAACCCAACCACAGCUGGGGUCAGGGUGCUCGCACAAAGACAGACACACAUUUCUAUGUCCUCAUAGGCGUGCAAACAGGCUCAGCUGGACACACAAACAAAGCUGAAUAGAGCCGGAUCAACACAGCCACACGUAUAACUGAAGAUACUGAACCCAGGUACACAUCAGCCUUUCACACGUGCGCACACAUGCACGCGCGCCCACACACACACACACACGGCUGACCACACAGACUGUAACUGAGCAAACCUAAGAUCCUCUGCAUGUACACUCUUAAACACAUAAUGUAUACACACAGACAUUUAGAAACACACAGAGGCCAAAAAGACCCAGGAGCCCACAUACAGGUGUAUUUACCCAGACAGCUGAACAUUCACAAAUGUUCAUUUACACAGGCACGAUCUCUACCACACAUACAAAUUCCCAGGCAACCAGAACCUGUAAGCAGUCCAUGAGGCCUGGUUCCCAGACCCCCUCUGGGCUCCAGUACAGACCUCGGGGAGGCAGACAAAUGGGCAGGAAGCAGGAGGGUGGUGAGAAGGGCCAUGGUUAUUAAAGAAAACAAGAGACCUAACCAAGUUGCUGAUGGAGAAGAGUACACGCCAGCUGCAUAUACACCCCGCGUGGAAAUCUGCAUUCACCAUCGCUUUGAACAGCAAUUCUCACACCUGCAUUAUAAAUGGGAGCUUGCCUACCUGUCUACCCAUUGGCCUGGACCCCAGAGCCUGCCCAGCUAAGUGCGUGCAGAGGGCCCCGGUUUCGGGGCAACUCUCAGGCUGCCGCAGGGACUACCCUGGAAUCACUGGUGAAGACAGGCCUUUCCUGCUGAGUCGGACCUUGUCUGCAUAGCCUGCUCAGCUCUUAUCCCAGUAAUAAUUAAAUCAGUUAUGAUUAUGUGAUCACUGUUUGUCUACCCGGUCUUUGUGCAAAGUAGGCACUCCAUAAAUAAUGAGUAUAUGAAUGAAUGAUGUGACUUCAUCUCUGAGCCUCCAUUUCUUCAUCUGCAAAAUGGGGUUAUUAAUAGCCCCUACCUCACAGGAUUUGUAUGAAGAAUUAAAUGAAACGAUGCCUGGACAGCUUCCAGCCCAGCGCCUGGCGCGCAGUAGGUGCUCACUAAACCUGAGCUGCGGUGGUCCUUUCCAGGCGCUGUCCACGCCCCGAGGCCUGGGCUCAGGCCGAAGCUGCUCCCCAGCACCCCCAGCUGACAGCCAGCAACCGGCAGAGCCCCCAGGCACGGGGGCCCUCUCUCUCCCAGAGAUCUCCAGUGUGACAGCCCAGGCGGCAGAGCCGAGGGUCUUGGUCCCGGCUUCUCGCACCCUCAUGUCAGCCCCGGCCCCGCCCGGCGGCCCGCGGAGGACAAGGUCAGGAUGCGUGUAAAGCCCCAGGGCCUGGUGGUGACUUCCAGUGCCGUGUGCAGCUCUCCUGACUACCUCCGGGAGCCCAAGUACUACCCCGGCGGCCCCCCUACCCCACGGCCCUUGCUUCCUACCCGGCCCCCUGCCAGCCCACCCGACAAGGCCUUCGCCCACACCUUCUCCGAGAACCCACGCCCACCCCCACGCCGGGACCCCAGCACCCGGCGCCCACCAGUCCUUGCCAAGGGGGACGACCCGCUGCCCCCAAGGGCGGCCCGUCCCGUCUCACAGGCCCGCUGCCCCACACCCGCGGGAGACGGCAACAGCUCCCGACGUCGCUGGGACAACGGGCGGGUGAACCUGCGUCCAGUGGUGCAGCUGAUUGACAUCAUGAAGGACCUGACGCGACUCUCCCAAGACCUGCAGCAUAGCGGUGUGCACCUGGACUGCGGUGGCCUCCGACUCAGCCGCCCACCUGCCCCGCCCCCUGGUGACCUUCAGUACAGCUUCUUCUCCUCACCCAGCCUGGCCAACAGCAUCCGCAGCCCUGAGGAGCGGGCCACCCCCCAUGCUAAGUCCGAGAGGCCCAGCCACCCACUCUAUGAGCCUGAGCCCGAGCCUAGGGACAGCCCCCAGCCUGGUCAAGGCCACAGUCCCGGAGCCACGGCCGCGGCCACCGGUCUGCCCCCAGAGCCUGAGCCAGACGGCCCUGAUUACUCAGAACUUGCUGACGCCGACAUCCUUAGCGAGCUGGCCUCCCUAACUUGCCCCGAGGCCCAGCUGCUGGAGGCCCAGGCCCUCGAGCCACCAUCUCCUGAGCCAGAGCCUCAGCUCCUGGACCCCCAGCCCCGCUUCCUGGACCCACAGGCUCUAGAGCCGCUCGGGGAAGCUUUGGAGCUGCCACCCCUGCAACCUCUUGCUGAUCCUCUGGGGCUGCCAGGCCUGGCUCUCCAGGCCCUGGAUACCCUGCCCGACUCCCUGGAGUCGCAGCUGCUUGACCCUCAGGCACUUGACCCCCUGCCCAAGUUGCUUGAUGUCCCUGGCCGCCGUCUGGAGCCUCAGCAGCCCCUGGGGCCCUGCCCACUGGCUGAGCCCUUGCGCCUGGACUUGUGCUCACCCCACGGCCCCCAUGGGCCUGAGGGUCACCCCAAGUACGCCUUGCGGCGCACUGAUAGGCCAAAGAUCCUGUGUCGCCGGCGGAAAGCUGGACGGGGACGCAAGGCAGACGCUGGACCAGAGGGCCGCCUGCUGCCCCUGCCUAUGCCCACAGGGCUGGCAGCUGCCCUGGCCGAGCCCCCGCCGCCGCCACCUCCACCACCUCCUGCCCUGCCGGGACCAGGCCCAGUCCCAGAGCUGGAGCCAGAAUCUUCCCAGACUCCAGUAGCCCCUACCCGCAAAGGGAAGUGCCGGGGUGUGCGGCGCAUGGUGGUGAAGAUGGCCAAAAUCCCUGUAUCACUGGGGCGGCGGAACAAGACCACAUACAAGGUGUCAUCCUUGAGCAGCAGCCUCAGUGUGGAGGGCAAGGAGCUGGGCCUGCGCGUGUCAGCCGAGCCCACCCCGCUGCUGAAGAUGAAGAACAAUGGACGGAACGUGGUGGUGGUCUUCCCGCCCGGGGAGAUGCCCAUUAUUCUUAAGCGUAAACGCGGCCGCCCUCCUAAGAACCUGCUUCUGGGUCCCGGCAAGCCCAAGGAGCCAGCAGUGGUAGCGGCUGAAGCGGCCACCGUGGCAGCGGCCACCAUGGCCAUGCCAGAGGUGAAGAAACGGCGGCGGCGGAAGCAGAAGCUGGCAUCUCCCCAGCCAUCCUACGCAGCAGACGCCAAUGACAGUAAGGCCGAGUACUCUGACGUCCUCGCCAAGCUGGCCUUCCUGAACCGCCAGAGCCAGUGCGCUGGGCGGUGCUCACCCCCCCGCUGCUGGACACCCAGCGAGCCCGAGUCGGUACACCAGGCACCCGACACCCAGAGCAUCUCCCACUUCCUGCACCGUGUGCAGGGCUUCCGACGGCGUGGUGGUAAAGCAGGCGGUUUUGGUGGCCGGGGUGGGGGCCAUGCAGCCAAGGCAGCCCGAUGCUCCUUCAGUGACUUCUUCGAGGGCAUCGGCAAGAAAAAGAAAGUGGUGGCAGUGACAGCUGCUGGCGUUGGGGGUCCCAGCCUCACCGAAUUGGGGCACCCACGCAAACGGGGCCGGGGGGAGGUGGACGCCAUGACUGGGAAGCCCAAGCGCAAGAGGCGGUCCCGGAAGAACGGGACUCUGUUCCCAGAACAGGUGCCUAGUGGCCCAGGCUUUGGGGAGGCAGGCGCCGAGUGGGCCGGGGACAAGGGUGGCGGCUGGGCCCCUCACCAUGGGCACCCAGGCGGGCAAGCCGGCCGAAACUGUGGGUUCCAGGGGACCGAGGCCCAGGCCUUUGCCUCUACUGGACUAGAGAGCGGGGCUUCAGGCCGCGGCAGCUACUACAGCACAGGUGCACCUGCGGGUCAGACCGAGCUCAGCCAGGAGCGCCAAAACCUCUUCACCGGCUAUUUUCGCUCACUGCUCGAUUCGGAUGACUCCUCCGACCUCUUAGACUUUGCCCUCUCAGCCUCUCGCCCCGAGUCCCGGAAGGCGUCAGGCACCUACGCAGGGCCCCCCACCAGCACCCUGCCCUCCCAGCGGGGCCUGGCCACCUUCCCCAGCCGGGGAGCCAAGGCCAGCCCAGUGGCUGUGGGCAGCAGCGGGGCUGGUGCGGACCCCUCCUUCCAGCCCGUCUUGCCCUCUCGCCAGACCUUCCCACCAGGCCGGGCAGCGAGCUAUGGGAUAACUCCGGCCACUUCAGACUGCCGGGCAGCCGAGACCUUCCCGAAACUGGCUCCCCCACCUUCAGCUGUGGCCCGCUCACCUACCACCCACCCACCCACCAACACCUACCCACCCCAGUAUGGCGGCUACGGGGCCGGACAAAGCGUUUUUGCCCCGGCUAAGCCCUUUACGGGCCAGGACUGUGCUAACAGCAAGGACUGCAGCUUCGCCUACGGCAGCGGCAACAGCCUGCCUGCCUCUCCCAGCAGCGCCCACAGCGCCGGCUACGCCCCACCGCCUACUGGUGGCCCCUGCCUGCCACCCAGCAAGGCCUCCUUCUUCAACAGCUCUGAGGGGGCCCCCUUCUCUGGCUCAGCCCCCACACCCCUGCGCUGUGACAGCCGGGCCAGCACCGUCUCACCCGGCGGCUACAUGGUACCCAAGGGCACCACUGCCUCUGCCACCUCUGCUGCCUCUGCCGCCUCCUCCUCCUCCUCCUCCUUCCAGCCCUCGCCUGAAAACUGUCGGCAGUUUGCGGGGGCUUCUCAGUGGCCUUUCCGGCAGGGCUAUGGAGGCCUGGACUGGGCCUCGGAGGCCUUCAGUCAGCUCUACAAUCCCGGUUUCGACUGCCACGUCAGCGAGCCCAACGUGAUCCUGGACAUCUCCAACUACACGCCGCAGAAGGUGAAGCAGCAGACGGCCGUGUCCGAGACCUUCUCCGAAUCAUCCUCCGACAGCACCCAGUUCAAUCAACCGGUCGGUGGCGGUUUUCGGCGUGCCAACAGCGAGGCCUCGAGCAGCGAGGGCCAGUCGAGCCUGUCCAGCCUGGAGAAACUAAUGAUGGACUGGAAUGAGGCGUCCUCUGCCCCCGGCUACAACUGGAACCAGAGCGUCCUCUUCCAGAGCAGCUCCAAGCCAGGCCGUGGACGGCGGAAGAAGGUGGACCUGUUCGAGGCCUCACAUCUGGGCUUUCCAUCGUCCGCCUCGGCCACUGCCUCAGGCUACCCGUCCAAACGGAGCACCGGGCCCCGGCAACCACGAGGUGGACGGGGUGGUGGGGCCUGCUCAGCCAAGAAGGAGCGAGGCGGUGCAGCAGCCAAAGCCAAGUUCAUCCCCAAGCCGCAGCCAGUCAACCCCCUGUUCCAGGACAGCCCAGACCUUGGCCUGGACUACUACAGUGGAGACAGCAGCAUGUCGCCACUGCCGUCCCAGUCAAGGGCCUUUGGUGUGGGUGAGCGAGACCCUUGUGACUUCAUGGGACCCUACUCCAUGAACCCGUCCACCCCUUCUGACGGCACCUUCGGCCAAGGCUUCCACUGCGACUCGCCCAGCCUGGGUGCUCCUGAGUUAGACGGCAAGCAUUUCCCGCCUCUGGCCCACCCACCCACGGUGUUUGAUGCUGGCCUGCAGAAGGCGUACUCACCCACCUGCUCACCCACACUGGGCUUCAAGGAGGAGCUGCGGCCGCCACCCACAAAGCUGGCUGCCUGCGAGCCCCUCAAGCAUGGGCUCCAGGGGGCCAGCCUGGGCCACGCAGCUGCAGCCCAGGCCCAUCUUAGCUGUCGGGACCUGCCACUGGGCCAGCCCCACUAUGACUCCCCCAGCUGCAAGGGCACAGCUUACUGGUACCCGCCAGGCUCAGCUGCCCGCAGCCCGCCCUAUGAAGGGAAGGUGGGUACGGGGCUGCUGGCUGACUUCCUGGGCAGGACGGAGGCCGCGUGCCUCAGUGCCCCACACCUGGCUAGCCCGCCGGCCACGCCCAAGGCCGACAAGGAGCCACUGGAGAUGGCCCGGCCGCCUGGCCCACCCCGUGGCCCCGCUGCUGCCGCUGCUGGCUAUGGCUGCCCACUCCUUAGUGACUUGACCCUGUCCCCUGUGCCGAGGGACUCGCUGCUGCCCCUGCAGGAUACCGCCUACAGGUAUCCAGGCUUUAUGCCGCAGGCGCAUCCCGGCCUGGGUGGGGGCCCCAAGAGCGGCUUCCUGGGGCCCAUGGCGGAACCUCACCCUGAGGACACAUUCACCGUCACCUCCCUGUAGUGCCAACUGAAGUGCCGACUGGACCUCGAGGUUUUGUUCCUGGCUUUCAGAAAACCAACGCCAAGACCCCUCCCAGCGUCCACAUUGUCCUCCGGCAGGAGCGCCUGCCCCUCUGCCUCCCGCCCCACCCCCCGGUACCCCUUUGCACUCCCACAUCCCCCCACCUCUCCCUGCCCAUCUCCUCCACGCAGAAGCCGAAGGUGAGCCCUUUCUGCACAAAACCAGCAAUUGUAAAUACUUUUUAAAAAUGUACAAAACUUAAAAACAAAACACAGUUUUAGAAAAAGACAAAAAAAAAAAAGAGAGAGAGAGAGCGAGCGAGCGUGUGCAAGAGGUUGCGAGCGGGGCCCCGAGGUGUCCAGAGCCCCUGCAAGUAUGCACUGAGAAAUUUAUCUACAGGUCGUUUGACAAAAAUGAACAAUAUCCUAUUUAUUGUAUAUACUGUUUUAUUAUAAAUCGUGGAUUGUAUAUUGCAUUCUGUAAACCUGCUGUGGUCCCGUGGUGUGCAAAUUCGCAUGGUAGGGGGGAGGGAGAAGAACCUCUUGCGGGAGCUUUUUUUUUUUUUUUUUCUUUCUUUCUUUCUUAUUUUUCACUCUUUUGGGUUUUCUCUUCUGUUGUUGUUGUUGUUUUCUGUUUUGGCAGGACACACCCAAAGAUCCAAGUUUGUAUUAAAA